AUGGAGAUGGCAGAUCCUUUCCAUGAGGAGCAGUCACCUGCUGACCAAUCAACUGAACAAAAUGUAGCCGUCACUGAGAAGGUAGACAAAGAUUUGUCUUCCAGAAACAAACGACAGAAGAAGGGGAGCAAACGCGUUUCUGAAAGCUCUGACACUCAUGAUAAACGCGAACAGCAGAGCGACGUACUUUCCGACGAGGCGAGGAAAUCGGUUGAUCCCUUCUCUGAGGACAGGCUGCGAGAAGGUCCGCUGUUCGUUGAGGACAUAAUUCAACCGACCGUUUCUGCUGAUGCCCUGCAAUCAGCUGCCGUUCGCCAUACCCCGGAGCAGCACACGCCUUCCGAGGAGGAGAUGGAGAUGGCAGAUCCUUUCCAUGAGGAGCAGUUACCUGCUGACCAAUCAACUGAACAAAAUGUAGCCGUCACUGAGGAACCAAACAGAGAUUUGCCUUCCAGAAACAAACGACAGAAGAAGGGGAGCAAACACGUUUCUGAAAGCUCCGACGCUCAUGAUAAACGCGAACAGCAGAGCGACGUACUUUCCGACGAGGCGAGGAAAUCGGUUGAUCCCUUCCCUGAGGACAGGCUGCGAGAAGGUCCACUGUUCGUUGAGGACCCUAUUCAAAUAGAUCAGCUUGUUGCACAACCGGGAGAUGAACUGCAGCCAGGGGAGAAAAAUAUUUCUAGGACUGCGGAUAACAGGAAAGGAACUGCGAAGCAGACUUCGAAGAGAACUUCAGAAUCUGAAGGCAAAAGUCAAGAGCGGCGGAAGAAGGAGAAGCAAGGUACUUCAGCGAAAGGAUCAGUCAUGGCUGCUAUUACAAGCGAGACCGUUGUGACGGAUGAGGUGAGGACUGAAAUUUCAAAGAGCACUGAGGACUCAGGGAAGAAGAAACGAAAGGAGGAAAAGCCACGAGCUGUAAAGGAGCCAAAGGCCGAAAGUAAGGCGAAACCGAAGUUGGAGGCAGCCGCGCAAGCUAAGAAGGGGGCUGCCGCACUUGAGACAAACAUUCAGGCAGCGCCACUUUCCACUAAACAGGCGACUUCCCUCGCAACUGGCUCUUUACCAGCGCCAGCUGGUGGAGAAAAGUCUGGCAGGAAGCAGACUACCUCUCUCAGCGAAAUCGCUGACAAACUGGAGGAGGUUGUAGAGAUUGCAACGCAGCAACAGCAACAGGAGGGGAAGUCUGCUGGCAGGCAGAAGUCCUCCGGAAGGACUGGACAGACAGCACAGCAGAAAAAGAAGAAAUCAGAAAAGGUGCAACCAAUGGAUACCGGAGAUCUGCAAGUUAAGCCAACUGAUACAAAGCCGUCUGCUAAGACGCCAGCCAAAGAACCAAAGAAGACUGCGAAGAAACAACCGAAGGUGGUUGUCGCUAGUCAGCCGAAGACGGUGGAGGCUUCGGAGUAAGUUGACUAUUUGAGUCAACGACCUGUUUGUACUUCUUAGUUUAGGUGUUUGUAAACGAGAUGCUUUAUGGCCAAAUGGGUUGAUUGGGACUUAGUAGUAAGGAUAGGCUGUGUAAUUCCACUGGGUUUAGCCUGUAGAAGUUACUAUUAUAUUCGUUUUAGAAUGCCCUGUUUUACUUAUUUAUCAAUAGCUACAGGAAGUCUCCCUUUGGGUGUUAUCUAGCGCUUUGGUAUGACCGAAUGCGCCGAGUUACUUCUGAACGGUUUCUGUUGUCGAACGCGUACGCCUGACUUAUAAUAAACAACAAUAAUAAGACAGUAAAAGGUAGUUGAGAGGUGGGCUUACAUAACCUACCGUUGCCGAUUUAGUACUUGCAUCAUACUUACUAAUUUUGUGAAUACUUUGGCUCUUAGAUCACCCUAAAGUUUUAUAUAUGCCAGAGUAUUCACAGGGCUGUUAAACUGACCAUGACAGUGCGUUUGUAGAAGACAGUAAUAAGAUAUUCUUCGAGUACCGGUGCCUGAGUAGGUAUGUGAACGAUUCCAUGGAUUGCAGUUCAGUCUUUUGGAACAUCUAUGAGGCUAAAGUUUGCUAAAUCGACUCGGCUUUGAACCAAAAACCGUUUCAUGUCUCCGACCUCUUCGCAAAUGUGCCUCAAAGAUACAAAAAACGUCUGAGGGCAGAAACUUAGACGGGUAAAACCAUCGAUGUGUUGAGAAGGGUGAUCUGUCUCAUCUGCUACCAGGACGUACUUCUAUGCUCCUGACAGCUAGGUCGCAGGAAGUAGAAGUAAGAAUGGCUUAGCACCUUAGCCUUCUUCAAGGAUCUUCCCGACUUGCUGGCCUAUGUUGUGGCUGCUCUCAGUCUGAAGAUUGGUCUGUCUCGUCCAUCUGCUGAUAAGUCACUUGGCCUUGCGGAAUGUGUACAGACCUGUUGAAGGUUUGGUGGUUGAACUGAAUUAUAUGGCCCUCUAAACAGGACAUGAGAACAGGAAUCGCCUGCAAUACCGGCGGCUUUGGGCUAACGUCCAGUGAAAUUAGGAUUAGGUCUAAGGUUAGGGCUGGGGCAAGGUUAGGGAUGGGGUUCGAGGUUAGAUUUCAAGGUAACGGUAAGUUAAGUCAGCCUUGAAUUUUUGGGUCAAGGUAAGGCUUGUGUCAACUCCAGAGUUAAGGUUUAGUGUAAGGCUAGGAUCAAGAUUAAGGUGACGGUCUAGUUGUAUGCUAGAAUUAUUUUUAGGGUUAGGACGCGGGAAUAUUUUGCCCUUUCCGGAAAUAUGCGUUGGUCCACUUGUGCGGGGCGCACCUAUUUCCGUGUUCUGUUUAGCCCUAUAAAUUUGGUGAAUGUAGACAAUCUUUGACCUUGAGAACAGUUAUGCCAGCAUAUAAGUUGUUAAAUAACGUCUAAAUUGUUUUGUGAUCCUUGAUAACCAGGGAUUCGAACACGCGUUAAGUAGCCUAACAGUCUACCAAUGAACUACAACUCCGUUGUCCUGUCGGUUUUUAUCUGUGAUAUUCAAUGUCGUGAGACAGGUGCUCACCGAUCAGUUUACUGGAAAGGCUCGUUCCUUUGGGCCUCACAGACAGUCCCACAGCAACGGGUAACAGGUGCCCUAUGUAGGAAACAUUCUGAACAAAGGGUAAACGUGGUAUUCAUUCACUGCUGCGCCUCCUUGAUAUUCCGGUCGAUAGAUGUUGUAGUAAGCUACGAAGACAUUAGAACGCUGGUGAUUUUUUGUUGUUUAGGAAGAAAAUUUGUUCUCAGUUGGGGCAUUAAUUCAGGGCAAUUUGCAGGCCUGCCCCGGGAGAUUGCAGGCUCCGUCCGUACUGAACAAGAGGAAACUCACCUUCGAUAUCGGUAUUCUAAAAUUUUCUUUCAAUGUGGCGACUGGAUUGUGCGACUUCCGUCCCCCAGGCGUGUCAGAUUGCUGAUCACCACACUCAUGUGUCUUUCAGUAUACACGUUUGAAGACAACAAGUCGUGGACCCUUGGAGGGCGUUAAUUUAUAAUCCCAAUGGAGCUGUGGUAGAAUUUCCCGUAUUCGAGCAAUCUGUGCGCCAGACUGAUUAUUGGUAUUAAACCAGUAAUCAUUAAUCCAGUUUCCCCACACUGCCGGUUGUAUCAUACGCCAGGCCUAUGUCCCAUUUAAGGCCUAAAGGCAAUCCAAAAGUAGCACCUGCGUUUCAUAUUAAUCCUCUCGCUGCUUUCAUGGGGUACGAAUUUAUUCGGUUUAUGAGUCCAGUCUAGAGCUAUAAAGCUGCACAACCUAUUAUCUUGUGGAAAGCACGUUCUUUUUAUUGUACCGAAAGAUUUGACUGUUCAGUGUUCUAGGUGGGUUAUGCACUUUUCUGCCUUCUUGGGACUGAAUAUUUAUGACCAUCGCGACAGGGUUUUCUUCUAAAGCUCCUGAUCAUAGUUAACUGUGUUACGUAGCUCCCCGAACCGUCAACUGGUCGUUACAUUGAGGCACGAUUGUGAAGCUCGAGGUUUCUUAGAAACGUGUUUCAGACAUUUGCUAAAGUGCUUUUGUACCUAUUUUUGCCAUUUCCGCGUGUGCUGCCAUCAAGCAAGUGAGGAGGGGGAGGGGGCCAUAUAUCUAGAAAUGUAUCGUUUUUGAAGCAGAUAGCCAAACGUCGACCGAAUCACUGUAGUUCGAGAAAGUGAGUAUUCUGAACACAUACUGACGAAAGUAUCAUUUCCGAGGCAGAUAACCAAGUACGGACGUCGACCCAACCAAAGUAGGUGGCAGACAUGUAAGUUUGGAUUUCAAAGUGGGAUGUUUGCAUUUCAGUAUUACCGGAGUCAACUUAUUGUUACCUUCACAUUCUUUUAUUCUUAUCAUUUUAUCUGUCCAUGUACCGCUUUCUCCGUCGCCAAUUAAAGUUGUCGCAGUAGCAUUAUCAGAAUUUUUGCACCCUAAGGGCUGAUUUAUGUCAGACACGUGCAAUGUGCUUCUAAGGCCUAGUGUUAACUUUGAUCAGGAUUUAAUCUGUAAAUCUGCAUCAUGUAUUGAAUGAAACAGCCGAUAGGAAGUACAACCGGCUGCGUGAUCAGAGGACAUAGUAUGUUUUUGACAUGGCGGUUAGACCUUUGAGUUGCUCUCUGGUAUUCCGACCAACAGAGCGCUUGUUUUGUUAUUUGAGUCUCUGAAGUCCUAUGGGAAACCAAAAACAACAAGACACGCGGAAGCGACACUAUGGAAGAGUGGUAAUAAAAUAACAAUGGUUCUACCAGUUGUUAUCGCCUAUGUGAGCAGUAGUGUUCUCGGAAAAGCAAUUGCGUUAAACUUGAUACUUAACCUAUUAAAGCCCGCCAAUGCUGUUUUUCUAAAAAAAACUACAUUGACGUCUAAACACAGCGUCAAAAUAGGAAUAGAUUGUGGCCCUGAAAACUGACGGCCUAAAAUUAAAGUCCACGCCUCAAGUCCCUUUCUGCGCAAAAUGAACAAAUCUCACAAUCACGAUUCCCGCUGCAGUUGUGUAUGAAAAGUUAACAUCAGAUAAGCUGCAAUAAUUUACGUUGAUAAUUUUGUGUCUCCACUUUUAUGCCAGACGUCUUCAUACGGGGUACGAACUCACAUUGCUGCCCAGGGGGUAGCUGAAGUGACACUUGGGUGCGCAGGUCCAUCAUCGAUCUGUCCCUAAUCUGGGUCAAAAUGCGUCGUUAGGCUUUGUUUUGCGGCCGCAGUUAAGACACCCCGCGGGUGGUCGCGCCGCUGCGUGAGCAAGGGGGACUGGAACGCCGAUAUCCAAUGCACUUGCAUGAGUCAGCGGAUUAAGCAGACACAACCGCUUGAUCAAAAAAUCCGAUUUUUAAAAGCGAGGUCAACGUCAUACCUGCAAUCGUGCUUGUCCAAUAGCCUCGGGCUGUACGUACAGUCUUCCUUGUCUGGUGUAGAGUCAAGUGCGUUACUGACACAAAAUAGACCCCACGCACUCUCCACCAUUUUUACUUAGGGCUCGUCAGUUAUUCCGUUUAUUCUACAAGCUAUAACUGCAGCAUGAUUCCUGAUUCGGUACAUUCUCUAUCUAGCACGGAAUGUCAGCAAGGAAUCUUAAAGUUCUUGGAGCAGAUCACCUUGUUGGGAUCUGCUUUCGAACCCAUGCGCGCAUGGUGCUUUUUAAGGCAGAUUUAUAUCGAUUUUUUGCCCUAAAAACUUUAGGAUUUUUUUCAAUUAUACUAGAAAUGUCAUUGUGCAUUCAACAUCUAACGACGUACAUAAUCUCAUGCGCCACUUCUCACAGCAAUUCAACGCCGAAAAAGGAGCAAAAGUCGGCUGGAAGGAAGAGGAAGCAUGUGGACCAGGCGGCGAAAGAAACCUCCAAAGAGGUCUCCGGGAGAAAGGCUGCAAAGAAGAAAAGGACCGACAAGCAGGCCAAGAGAGCCUCUAAGAAACAUCCUCACAGUGACGAGGCUGGCGGCGACGGAAGUGGCCCAGAAAAGGAGACUAAAAGACCCCGACGUGGGCACAUAGAGACCGGCAGGUUCCCUCGCUCCUUCGCCGUUCAGGUAUGUGGAUAAAAAUUUUUUAAGCUAUAUACAGUGGAUGUGGUAACUCGUGAAAUUUUAGCCGAAAUUCUGAAAUGCUUUCUCGACUCGAAAAGAUUACUUUAGUAGGGUUGUAAUAUUAAUCACCGUGUAGCAUAGUCCCAUGAUAAUUCAGUUACCUCAGGACGCCGGCUUUUGAAUGAACUUCUUUCCGGCUCUCUGAAAAACCCACGUCUUACAAAAAUGACUAUGUAUUAUGAAUUUUUCUCAUUGAUUUCUCAUGCCCUUAUAGAUCUAAAUGUACUUCAUAGAAGACAUGCAUAAAAAUGUUCAUUUUUCUCAUUUGGCAACACAUUGCAUCUUCUCUAAAGUUCAUGCUUGAAAGAGGGGUAUAAGUCGGUUUUAAAAACGUUUUUAAUAUGAGGUUUUUAAGACCAUGAAAUGCCCGUUCAUAAAGCAUCGUGUCUCAGCAUUUACUAAUGUUGCAUGUGAAGUUUGCCACAUGGCUCAAAUCAACUUCUAAAAUUCACAAACCCCAUAUGGUCUCCUCUUAAUACCGGAGAGCAAUGUAUGAUUUUCUGUACACGGAAAACACAGCUUGUAGUUUCGUAACCCUGAGUGUAGGCCGGGUCCAAAAUUACUCCGAAAUUGAAAACGUCUUCGAAAAUCAAAUUAUACCCCUUUUUCAAGUAUAAAAUUUGAAGAAAACGUUCUUUACCGUAUCAGUAAAUAAAUGAAUAUUUUUAUGAAUUUCUUCUAUGAAAUAUAUUUGAAUUUAUAAGGACGUCGGAAAUCAACGAGAAAAAUUCCUGCAAAUUAAGUAGCCAUGUUUUGCAGAGUGUACUUUUUUCAGGGAGCCGGAAAGAAGUUUAUUCAAAGCCAGCAUCCUGAAGUAACUGAAUUAUCAUCGGACUAUGCUACACGGUGAUUAAUAUAACAAGCCCACUUAAGUAAUCCUUUUGAGUCCGAAACGCAUUUCAGGUGCUUGCACAUCUACCAAGCGUGGUCGUUUAACGCAUACAUAGAUGUUUUGACACAUUUUUGAAUAGUUCUCAUUGACCCAACUGUGAAAAACCUCGCGUCUCGGUGAGAUUCGAAUCCACGCAGUAAGAGGAAGGGUUUAGUACAGCCGACGCUCUAACCACCUUAGCUACGAGGCCCCCCCCCGGACGAUGCGAGUUUAAUCACAUACCUUAGUAAUGGGAAGCAUCGUAUAAUGCAGGGUUAACUUAACUCUGUGGUCCUCUUGUACAACUUGUUUGCGUUUAAUAACCUCCAAGUUACGCAACUAACAAUUCCAUGCGUCUCUGAAACCAGGGUACCCUAUCUCACUGCGAUGGGGCUCCUUUAGAUAGCAUCCUUUCUUUCCACUCACUAGUUAUGAAAUUCAUUUUUCCUCACUUUUGUUGUGAUGGUCCUCUCGUCGCAUGUUCGGUUGGGCUUAAUUCUUUUCUGUCGAUCAUCACUAGUGAGUUAGUCAGUGCGAAACAGACACCCGUCCCUGGGUAGAAUCGCCCCCACCAAACCGCAAAUAAGCUGACCGUUUGUGUCAGACAGCUGGUGGAUGGGAUUCUCUGUUUGCAAGUUCUCAGUGCAAAUAAACUCUGCAAUAUCAUAAAUACGGUUUCCUCAUUAGAGAAAAAAUUAACUGAUACACAUGGACCACAGUACCUAGAAGUGAUGAAUAAUUUUAAUCUAAUCGGAAUUGCUAAAAUGUUUGCGAUUUUCUGACGAAUAUAUUGCAGUAUCCCUAGAGUGAGUCAUGAAGGGCUAAAGAUAGCCAAUGGGGAAAAUUUGACGAGAUUAAGGGCGACAGUAGUUGUCUGCUCUCAAGCGGAAAUAAGCCUUCUCGCACCCCUAGCGGUUGGAGUUGCACAUAGACCGGAGGCAACCAUCAGGCGUCAGUUAAUGAAACCUAAAGACCCACUACCACGGCCAGAAACGUUUGGAGUCGUUUAUCGGAUCUGGUGCAGUUGCGAACAAAGCAACUACAUCGGCGAGACCGGAAGACAGCUCCGAACGCGAAUGGCCGAACACGCUGUAGUGGUGCGGAGAAACGACGCCAGGUCUCAAGUUGCGGCUCAUUCGACGAGAUCCGGCCGCACAUUGAAAUGAAGCGAGGCCGAAAUUCUCGCAACAGGUGACAACCGCGUGAGCCAGGAGCUAAUAAAUCAUGGUUUACUGUCCUACAGUCCAUUAACAACUGCAAUGAACUUCCCAUUCCAUACUCGGUGCUGAGACUUCGUCCACGUGGAGUAAUUAGCCACGCUGGGAGCGCACAAGUGAACACAUUUCCCAACUCCAGCGUCGGUGGAUCAGAUGGUCGAGAAAUCAUCACACCAACACCAACGAAUGUCGGCCAUCAAACAGCACACCAAAUGCGGCGAUCCUGGGUGAAUGGGGGGGGGGGGGGCGUGAGCAUUUAUAGGUAUGCGGUAGCAUGGCGACUGCAUACUAUAAAUACUGCAGUCCCUCGUGCAUGAACCAAUCGUAUCUGCUUUGUCUCUGAUGGUGGGCUCGAGCAGAAAUCCGAAACGUCAGGUUAAUAAAGCUCUAGUCCCAGCGAUCGUGUCUCCUUCUUCAAGACUGCUUCCCGGGACUCGUCUCUUCGCUUCUAUUGGCAACAUUUGGUUCUCUCAUAACCAAGCUUGGUCAGCGAUCCUUGUCAGUUACUUCUGCUUGGCUUCCUUUUAACGAUUUGAAUAUAUGUAAUUAUUUGCCAUGAUAACAGCACGAGUACUGACUAAGAGGUCCAGACACACGUGUUUCGCCGAUCUUGUGCCGCUGACUGGCGCAGCUGCGAGGAGUUCGGCUCAUCAAUGGGUCUCCCAGUCUUCCAGUAUGGUUUCUGGUAUAUGAACACCAGUUUCAUUCUCCCUUGUUUAAUUUCCAAGGAAUUUAUUGCGCGAACUUGGAGUAAAUCCUUCGGAACAGACCUUUUCAGGCACAGUCCGAAAGUUGAUGUGCACAUCAGAACCGACAUCGAUCAACCACUGCGGAAUAAUAUUCACAAGCUGCCAAAAGGCAGCCAAUAAUAUACAAUCACUGAAUUAUUUGCCACACAAGCCAGGACAAAACUGGAGUUUAUAUGCCAGAAAAAACCCGGGGACGCUGGAGCGCCCAUUGAUGAGCCAAACCCCUCUCAGAUGCGUCAGACAGUGGCACCAGAUCGGCGAGACGUACGUGUCUGGGCUUUUAGCUACUACCCAGGCUGUCCGUAUGGCUACUCGUUGGCAGCUUGUGGGUACUACGCGGUUAUACCGCGGGAGCUGAUGCAUUUGGGCUCAGAUAUUCACAUCAACUUUCGGACCGAACCGUAGAAGGUCUGUUCCGAAGAAUUUACUUUAAGUUCGCACAUUAAUUUCCGCGGAAAUUAAACCAGAUAACAUACACCUAUACUCAGAUGCACGCCUAUUUUGUUGAGUUGGCUCGACCGAACUUAUGGCCCGUGGGGGGGUAUUAGAUCCCUACUAACUUCCUUUUAAGGAAUCAAGCCUAUACUCACCUGCGGGACUAUCUUGCUGUGAUUCCUCGGCCAAACUUAUGGCGCGGGGAGAAUUGUAUGCGUGGUUCUGUUCAAAAUGGGUUUUUAUUCUGGGCCAGCAAACUGGUCAUUCGUAACAGUGCACCCCAACGAAUGUCCGGGGCCUCUAGGUGUCAGUUGUGUUACUAAAGCUAGAAGACCGGGGCUUAUUGUUCCCCUGUAAUUUUAUUCACGCACAUAGUUUAAUCUACUUCCUAGAACCCUAUAACUUUUCGCUAAAUGUGAGACAUAGCAGAGUCUCACGGCGAUUUAAGGUGGGUAUACCAUUUCUAAUAACCUUCCAAUUUUCGUAAAACCUGAGGGAGGAUUUCGUCAGGGAUCAAUUUCGCUCUGAGUGUCACUAUCUCACCGACCGUACACAUUGUAGUAUGAAUACAAUCACUUGCUAUUUUCCUAUCGAGUAUCCACCAUACGCCUAUCUAGUAGUACACCCAUGCUGCACUGCUAACAGAACGUGUGAAUAUGUCGACUCUUUGACAAGGUACGCGGUCCCAUUAACGUAUUUAUGCGUACGUAUGGAUUGGAGUUCUAGGACGACGCCAUGCUGCUUCGUUGGGUGUGGUCAGCUAAUUAUCGUCGCAUCGAGGCGCUGUCAACGAACAGGUUCGAACGAGCAACUUCAGAGCGUCAGUCGUUGUCUGGCGCUUGGGCCUGUCGAGUCUCUUUGUCUGCCGCAGCGCUGGCUCUUCUGCCAACCCCGCACGUUGCCUGGUCCGCUGCGACCAGCACGAAAUGACGAGCAAACUGCCAACCUGGCUUUAAAAGGGGUCUUAGUGGAUUGAAUGAGCAGUCGCAGACUAGAGAAGCAAAUCUUUGGGAGCUCAAGCAGGUGUUUAGCUUAGAAAGGCACUAUAUUAUUGGCAAAUCCGUAAUUUUACGGGCCGUAAUUAUUUAACAGUUCCAGAACAGGGCAAAGAAACCUAGUAGGACGAUUUCUUGACUAUUUGCCGUUCGUUAGAAAGUAGUGUUUCCAGCCUAGACUGGGAAGACCUGAGGUUUGAACUGAGUUCUAGUUCUUUUAGAGUUGAAGGUUCUAGCCCCGGAUCACCGCACUAAGCCCUGUCGGCUGUGAUCAGAAGUAUCCAAAGACAGUUUUAAGAAACGCUUUAUCGGCUUUUGAGGACCCAAAUAAUUCCUAACGUAAAGCGGCAGAAAAGAAUCUCCGACACUGAGGUCCUGCAAUGGACCAACGUCCUCAUCACCCACUCUAUGAUGCGGCCGAUAAAACUGCGAUGGAUCGUCCACAUCGUGAAGAUGGAUGAUGAGCGUCCGUCCAGACGGCUAUUUUACGGCGGAGUCGUUGCGAAUGGUCGCGGGCAAAGUGAACACCUUGAAGACUGAUUUUGUCUCUGAUGAUGGGUUCGAGCAGGAAUCCGGACCGUCAGGCUAAUAAAGCACUUGUCCCAGCGAUCGUGUCUUUUUCUUCAAGACCUUGAAGACUUCCGCGAAGCGCCUGCGAAUUCAUCCGUAGAUCUGGGAGAACCUCGCUUAAGAUCGGCGGGCGUGAUGCACUGCGUAGGGACCGGAGUAACAGGAAAGACUUAUUCAUCCUAGAUGCCACCGGGGAAUGUUAUUUACAUCACAGUCAAGGCUCUCCCAGCUCCGUGCCUCAUGACCGCAGGCAACUGUCCACCUCUCUCAACAUUAGCGAUAAAGUUCUUAAAGGAGUUUCGCCAGUCCCUGUCGGCCUCAUUCCCAGAAGGCCCUGCAUAGGGCUCCUAUGAGGACCUGGCUCUUUUUCACUCCACAUGGUGAACAAACGUCAGUGAGAUUCAAUAAAUUCUGCGCUCUUGAACCCACAACUGACAAGAAACGGUGCAAUUCCCCCACUUGCAACUCCGUGUUGACGGAAGGUAAAAACUCCAGUCUCCAAAUAGGCUUUUUUAGCCUCCGGAAGGUUAUUCUUACCAAUUUUCCGCCACUGACAGCAUCACUGAUGGGUCAGUCGUUCCAGAAAGUAGACUUUGGCAUCUUCUGUAGCGAGGCAAGACAUCACUUCGAAGGCAUUGUUGAAAGCCCGCAGCAGAGUCCAUGAUGCAAGCAGCAUUGACUUCUUGCGGCGUCUCCAGACGGAGUUUGUUUGUACCGGUUGAGGCACCACAACAGGCUUGACAUACGAGACCUCGCAGACUUUCCUGCGAUCGCAGUUUGGGUUAAAAGACUCUUGGUUCAAGAGUGCGGCGUUACACUGUAAACAAAAUGAACCCGGCUUCAGGUUCCGACUUUCAAGCAACAUGGAAUAGAGGUCUAACUAACUUGCGGGGGCCGACAAGUCCGAAUGGCAGCAUUUUUCGCCCCUAUCGAUUUGACGGUAGUGACGACGGUUUCUGGUGGCGUUGGUGUUGGUGAAGAAUUUGGUUGUUGGAGGUGUAGAAAGCGUGUUGGUUGUGCUGACGCAUGCCGUGAAUCCCGCUGCCGUGCAUGCGCAUGUUGUCAAAAGGACCCAUGCUUCGUCUGACUGUUCUGGGGCCGUGUGGACAGUGAAGGCCUGUGUGGCAUGUAUGUUGGGACCCCAGGACCUGGUUCUCCAGUCUAAGCGCGAGGUAUUCGCAAGUGACCGACCAGGCCGAUACGUUUUGAGGAGAUGCAAUCGCAAUGCGAACAUGCUAAAGUUGAGUCGACUAUACUGAUAGAAAUGACGAUUGUGGUAAUGUUUUGCAGCGUGUUGGGAGUGUCCUCACUGGUGGUGGCAGUAGCAGGGGGUGUUUUUGAGUCCGUAGGUGUCCAAAAGGACACGAUUACGGAGGUUAUGUGCUGGUUGGGUCAUUAGUUCGUAGCGCGGGAGCAUUGCGGGCUUCGCACAUUGCCUUGGAAGUGACCAUUCGGUUUGGUUCAGGAAUGACUUCUGCAGUCCUUAUGGCAGUGCGCCACGCCUGCGAUUUGAGCGAGGUUCUUCCAUGGCUUCGAGUUUAUUCGCAGGUUCUACAUGGAGGUCUUCAUGGGAUUGUUCUGCGACGUUCAUUUCUACGUUGCUUGUUAUCUAUCAUAAGGACAUUAGCGCAGAGGGGCCGCUAGGGCAGAUACUGGUCGUCCAGCUAUGGGGCGUGGUCUCUCCAUCGCAGUUCGAUUUCCUCAACACGAUGUGGAUACUGAGACCGCCGGUUCUUUCCGGGAUCUCAAUGUUUGGGUCCUUUCCUGCCACUUUAUCCUCCGCAUUUUUCGCAGGCAGCUGAGGUGGAAGUGGAUGGGUCUUGUUACUUAUCCUUCAUAAACAAUCUGCGCCUCUUUUCCGUACAAGGGCUUUGUGAGACCAACAGUCCCGUACAUCCUCAGCUUUGUUUACACAAGGAUGCCUCUACGGUUCCAGACCGACCCCCGUUUUUGUUGCCGACUAGGAUUUAUCUUAAAAUUGGACUCAUAAGGGACGGGAAUUUAUCCGCUGCCGUGAGGUGACUUCCAUUGACGGUAGGAUACGAGCAAGUGGACUUGCGUUAGAUUCCAGAGAGACUAGAACUAGGGUGAAGGCUAGGACACGUGAAUAGGUAUUUAUCUUGGAAUUUAGUCCAAUGUUAAAGGCAGUAUGUUAUUACCGACAAAGACAAGGGAGACUGCAAUGGCCGUUUCUGGCUUGUUGGUCGUCGUCAGUCCGUCAUACUCAAACGCGAAGUGUGGAACACCCGAGCCUCGAACUCGCGACCUGUUUGUUAGAAGUCCACGCCUCUACUCACCGGGCCACGAGUCCGUUGCCCUGUCGGUUUUCUAUCGGGAAUAUACAGUGGUAGGGGGCGCUCACCGAUCGUUCAUACGGAACUCACUCGUUCCGUUGUGUCUUAUGGACUCUCUCUCGAGCCCAACCAGCAGCCGCACAGCGGCGCAUGAUAUAGGCAGGAUUGCAUUACCGACAAAGACAAGGGAGACUGGAAUGGCCAUUUCUGGCUUGUUAGCCGUCGUCAGCCAGUCAUACUCAACCCCGAAGUGUGGAACACCCGAGGCUCGAACUCGCGACCUGUUUGUUAGAAGUCACCGCCAUUAGGGGGACGGUGGGUUACUCUUCUCGUGUCAACAUGUGGGAUCCCUGUUUUCUUUGUGCUAAUGGUCAGUACCAAGAUGAAGCCGUCGGAGUCCAAGAGGUCCACAUUCCCCUUCCAUUGUGGUGUUUAGUGUGCAGUCAUCAAAGAAUAAUAGAUCUUGGACACUGACCCUUGUCACUCCCUGAGAUGCUUCCAUGCGAUGCAGGAUGAGCAGUUUUCUAUGGGUUCCUUAGCCGGUUUCCGGCCGCAGCUCUGUCGAUCCGGUCCCGUAAUCGAAACACUGCUUCAAUAGAAGCUUGUGCCCUAGUUUUUAAUCAGGGAACAAUACCCACUCUCCAAGCCAUUCGCAUCCUAACUCUGCGCUCCUAAGAAAAAUUCCAUAUAUUUUAGAAUAAUGUCGGUUUUCUAUGGUUAAGCAAAUUACUCUGUAUGCAUGUGAUGUUUACUGUGUGUAGGCGAUUUAAUCAUUUCUACUUCUCGACAGUGACAGAGUGCAUAACAGACUGCUUUAAACGAAUAGGUAAGAAUUAUAUAAUGAAAUUCAGCCAUCUUACCUUUUCCCGAGGGAGCCAAACGUUGGAAGCAACUUCCAAAAUAAUGCCUCUUUCUGACAUUCCCUCUUACGGCUUCUCGAUCGUUUUUAAGUUUGUAUGAUCUCCUCUUGGACAUGAUGUGAUUAACGGGAUUCGGAGUUUUUGACAGUGUCUCCUUGAAAUUAACUAAUGCGCGCAACCAUGCCUUUUUCUAAAAAUUUGUCAACUUGCCUCAGUGAUCCAUCUCAAGAAAUGUUAGCCGUCAUUCCGACAUGCGUUUUCGAUUAGGAAGGGUUACUUAGGUAGGGUUUUAACAUUGAUUAUCUUGCGGCAAAACGCCGUGGAUAUUUCAGAUUCGCUGGCGUGUUGGCUUUUGAAUGCACUUCUUUUCAAUUUCCUGUAAAAUCUGAACCCGGUAAAAAAUGACUACAUAGAUAGCACUGAUUUUUCACGUUGGUUUUUCGAUAGCCUUAUAUAUUCAAACAUAUUUUGAAGAAAACAUGUACAAAAUGAGUUUUCUUUCACUGUUUUGGCAGCAAAUUACGUAGCCUUCGCAUUUUGUUCUCAGAGAAAAAGUACUUUUCAGUUUUGAACAAAGUCUAAGUAUGAAAUUAUUGAGACCGUACAAUGUGUAGUUCGUAGAGCAUCGUACCAGUCCGUUUAUGAAUGUUCGUCAUGAAGUAUACAAAAUAGUCUGGCAUCCAUUGCAACAUUUUAUGAACUCUCCUUGAUAUCUUAACGGCGUAGAGGAAGAUAUGAUUUUUUCCACGCGAAAAGCGUAUACCUUGUAGACUGAAAUUGCUGAGUGCUAAUGCAACGGCUAAUCUGGCUCAAACAUUUCGGAAAUCGGAAAACUCUUUCAAAACCUAACUUUACCCCUUCUUCAUGAACAAAAUGUGAGGACGACGUAAUCUGUCACCAAACGAGUAAACGAAACCGUAUUUUGUACACAUUUUAUAUCAAAUAUAUUUGGCUGUUUAAGAUCAUCGAAAAUUAAUGUGAAGGGUGCACGCUACUUAAGUAUGAUAUCGAUAAUUGGCCAUACGAAGGCUUUUUCUAAUACGAUCAACUUCAAUCCGUUGUGCAAUUUUUUCUUACAGGCCUCUCGACGGCUAGCUCAGCAUCGGCGCGACGGUGCCAAAGUUUCCACGAACCAGCUCGGCAAGAGGAUCAAGGGUGAAAAGACCAAACUGAGUCGAGCGCACAGACAGGCCGACAAGCCGAGCAAGGGUGUCCGACGGUGGAAACUGCGCGCCAGCCUCCGUAGACCCGGCACGGUGGUCAUUCUGUUGGCAGGCCGACACCGGGGCAAGCGGGCCGUCUGCGUGGGUCGUCAUGCGCACUCUGGACUUCUUCUCAUUACGGGACCCUACUCCGUCAACGGGAUUCCUGUACGCAGGGUCCAUCCCGACUACGUCAUCGCCACCAAGACUGUCAUACGCCUCAGCAAUGUACGUAACGGGCUACCCGCUGUAGCUCUGCGCUUACAAUUAGGCUUAAGAGUUAUAAUUUUCCUAGAAAAUAUCAUUUACAUUCACUGAAAAAUUACAGUAAGUGUGCCGUUACACUUGCAUUCAGCGUUUCCAAACUACAAGCCAUCUAUGUUCCGCGUACGGAAAAUCAUACAUUCCUCUGCGGUAUUAAGAGGAUUCCAUAUGCGGUUCAUAACAUUUCGCGGUGUAUUUGAGACAUAUUGUUAACUUUACAAGCCACAUUGGUAAAUGCAGAGACUUGACGUUUUACGAACGGCCAUUUCACGGUAUUAAAACUUCCGACAAUGAGAAAGUUUUUCAAAACCAAAUUAUACCCUUUCUUCGAGUGGAAAAAUUGGUAUAAGACGUAAUUUGCAACCGCAAGGGCAAAAUAAUAAGCAUUUUAUAGUGUGUUCCAUUGAAAAUAAUUGAAUUUUUAAGGGCAUCGAAAAUCAGUUAUAAAAAUGCAUGUUACUUGCGUAGUUGUUUUUCCAGAGUGUAGUUUUUGCAUGCAGUCUGAAAAAGGGCCGUUCGAUAGCCGGCAUCUCGAGCAAAGUAAAUUAUUAUGGGAUUAUGCUGCAUGAUGAUUAGUUCUACAAAACGAAAAUGCAUUUCAGAAUUUCUGUUAACAUUUCAUGAGUUAGCACACCUACCGUACGUAUGUUUAAUUUAGGACUGCUGAUCAGUUUUACCAUAUGCUUUAUAGUCUUAAAACUGCUCCAGAUUUUCUUUUCUUCCUCAUGGGCGAUCAAUUUUUCUUUCCAAAUUACGAGUUGUCUUUAUCAGUGAUAGGCCAAACCUCACCAAGUACUGGCUGGGACCUUUUUACUGCGCCAUCGAACAAAAGGCUGCGCUUAAGUGAGGUUGCAAUAAUAAUUUAAAUAAAACGUAAUGUCUAAUAAAUCAAUACACUAUCGGCUGAUUAAUCAUGGUUUAACAGUUGCGCAAUCGCCUACUCUCCCUCAACGGGAUUCCUGUACGCAGGUCCAUCCCAACUAUGUCCUCUCCACCAAAACUGUCAUACGCCUCAGAAAUGUACGUCACAGCCUACCCACUGUUGUCCUGCAUUUACGAAUAGGCUUACAAAUCAUAAUUUUUCCAGAAAUUAUCAUUUACAUUCACUCAAGAAUUACGUUUGUUGAAUUUCUGACGGCUGGCCAGUUUUGCCAUAUUUUUUCAGGUCUAAAUUUUUCCAGAUUUUUACUUCUCUCUCUCUUCUAUAGACGGGCGAUUUUCCUUUCUAA